AUGGGCUCAGAUCCACAGCGGGUUUCAGGUAUUGUGGCCAAGCUGGCUGCGGAGUUCAAGAUUCGGGAUAUGGGGGCUCCGUCGUUUUUUCUUGGCAUUGAGACUGUGCCUCUCUCGGAUGGUAUUCUACUCUCCCAGAGGCGUUAUAUUCAGGACAUUCUUAAGAGGGCCGGCAUGGUGGAUUGCAAGCCGGUUUCGACCCCGGUUUCGGUUGUUCGGUCUGAUGAUGCUGACACUACUCCUUAUGCCGACCCUACUCAUUAUCGCAGCAUUGCGGGUGCCCUGCAGUACUUGACUGUGACUCGGCCUGAUUUAUCUUAUGCAGUCAAUAGGCUCUGUCAGCACAUGCAGUCUCCUACCACGACUGAUUGGAGUCUGAUGAAGCGGGUGUUAAGGUAUGUUAAGGGCACUCUUGGUCUUGGUCUUCGUAUUCGCAGCUCUCUGUCUUCUGCUGUCCAUGCUUUUUCUGACUCGGAUUGGGCUGGCAAUCCGGACGAUAGAAAGUCUACCAGUGGCUUUGCAGUCUAUGUGGGCAGCAAUCUGGUUUCCUGGUCGUGCAGGAAGCAGCGCACGGUGGCGCGUUCGUCUACUGAGGCUGAAUACAAGGCCUUAGCUGAUGUCUCGGCUGAGGUUACGUGGCUUGUUUCGUUACUUAAAGAGAUUGGUUUUCCGCCGGCUUCUGCGCCAACUCUGUGGUGUGACAACUUGGGUGCCACCUACCUCUGUUCAAACCCGGUGUUUCAUGCCCGAACGAAGCAUGUGGAGAUUGAUUAUCACUUCGUUCGUGAUAAGGUUGCCAAGAAGGAGCUUCAGGUUCACUUUAUUUCUACGAAGGAUCAACUGGCAGAUGUUUUCACCAAGGCUCUUCCGUCAACUCGAUUUUCCUUUCUACGGGACAAACUCAAUGUUGCAGCUGCUCCGUCUUGA